GAGAUUGUACAGAUGUGUGUAACACUGCAGGAUGGAGCGUGCGGCCGGUGGCGCGCUGAUGACGUUACACUCGGCGGCAGGAUAAGAGCGCGCGCAGCAGAGACAUGGCCUCCUCCAGCGAGAGCGCGCGGAACUGCAGUGUGUAGAGGAGCAACAGCACUCCAAACUGUAACUCUGGAGCAGAGUCUGCAGUUUCGAAAGUCAUAACUAUAGCAAGUUCUGGAAGCUCGUUAGCAAGAAGAGUUGUAUUUUUUAAAGCAGGGUAAAAUACUGUAAAUACUGUAGUUGCUGAAACAAGAAAUUUAUUUUCUAAUAAAAGAGAUUUACCAGGGAUGUGAUUCUCAAUAUAAUGGAUGCCAUGAUGAUUAAAUAAAACAACAACAAAAAAGACCAUGAGCAGAACUGACAAUAAAACACAGGAAAAGUGAAAUCUGAAAGUAGUAGGCGUCACUUUUAAAAAUGUUAAUAAUGAGGUUGCUGUUGAUGCCAAUGCUCUUCACUUUCAUAAGUUCUACAGAAAAGGAGGAUAUUCGAGCAGGUUGCAGUACAGCUGCAAAUGAUCUUGUGUACAUCGUUGAUGGUUCCUGGAGUGUAGGCUACAAAGAUUUUGAUAUUGCCAAGCGCUGGCUUGUCAACAUCACCAGUGGCUUUGAUGUAGGCCCCCAUUACACCCAGGUGGCUGUAGUGCAGUACAGUGAUGCUCCUCGGCUAGAGAUCCCUCUUGGCACUCAUGAAGGUGCAAAAGAGCUCAUCGCAGCUAUACAGGCUAUUCGAUACUUGGGAGGAAACACACAGACAGGACGUGCCAUUAAGUUUGCAGUUGAUCACGUGUUUGCAUCCUCACAGCGCAGUGACACCAGUAGGAAUCGCAUUGCCGUAGUGGUGACUGAUGGAAAAUCUCAGGAUGAUGUGACGGAUGCUAGUUUAGAGGCUCGAGCACAAGGAAUCACUGUAUUCGCAGUGGGGGUGGGCUCUGAGAUUACCACCUCAGAGCUAGUUGCUAUCGCUAACACACCAUCCAGCUUCUAUGUGCUGUAUGCACAGGACUACACGACCAUCGAUCGGAUCCGAGACUCCAUGGAGCAGAAGCUUUGUGAAGAAUCGGUUUGUCCUACACGUAUCCCUGUGGCCUCUCGGGAUGAGAAGGGCUUUGAGCUGAUACUCGGCAUGAAAAUCCAUCAGAAGGCCAAGGAGAUACAGGGAUCUUUGUUGUCAGAGACAGCAUACUAUGUGGACAAAGGGAUGGACAUAACUGAGGAGACAAAGGAGAUCUUUCCAGAAGGUCUUCCUCCAUCCUAUGUGUUUGUGGCCACUCUGCAGCUGAAAGGCACUGUUAGUAGUGAGAAGUUUGAUUUGUGGAGGGUACUUUCUAAAGAUCAAGAAGUCCAAGUGGCUGUGACGCUGCACGGAGAGGAGAAUUCAGUCACCUUUACUACCACUAACAUGGCAAAUGGAGUGCAGAUGGCCACUUUUAAUGCACAAGGAGUUCAGAGGCUUUUUGAUCGACGCUGGCACCAGCUGAAGAUUCUUGUCAGGCAAAGUCAUGUCAUCUGUUAUGUAGAUGACCAGGUGAUCCAGCAAGUGGAUCUGGAACCAGUCUUGCCCAUUUUUAUCAACGGGAAAACUCAGAUCGCCAAACAGUACAGCAGUGAAGCUACGAUUCCUUUGGGAAUCCAAAAACUAAGACUGUAUUGUGAUCCAAUGCAAAGUGAAAGAGAAACUGCAUGUGAGAUUUAUUCUGUGGAUGAUGAAAGGUGUCCCAUAAACCGAGAGGAACCUGAAGAAAAAGAGGAGUGUGACUGCAGUCAGGGGAACCCUGGACCACCUGGACCACCUGGGCUAAAGGGUGAAAAAGGAGAAAGUGGACUUCCUGGUCAUGAUGGUAAGCCUGGCAUACAAGGUGAGCGAGGAGUGUCUGGGGAGCCAGGUAUAUUGGGUCAAAAGGGUGAAGUUGGUGUACAUGGAAUGAAAGGUGACCCAGGAGUAAAGGGCUCCAAAGGUGAAAGGGGACAGCAAGGGUUGCCUGGAAAACAAGGACCUCCAGGACCCAAGAGACCCCAGAGUGACAAAGGUGAACAAGGACCCCCUGGGGCACCUGGGACAAAGGGGGAACCAGGCCUCCCUGGUAGUGAAGGACCAGCUGGCACAAUUGGACCAAAGGGUGAUAAGGGAGAUGAUGGACAGUCAGGUACAGAUGGAACACAAGGUGCACCAGGUAUCCGUGGACUUUCUGGUGAGGCGGGGCCAAGUGGACCUCCGGGGGCUAGAGGAUCACCUGGACAGAAAGGAUCUGCUGGACCUAAAGGACCUCCAGGCAUCCAGGGCCCACCGGGGUCCUCUGGAGCAGACGGACAAAUCGGCCCUAAGGGAAAUCCAGGACCACAGGGAUUACCCGGUCGCCCAGGUUUGCCAGGCCUGAAGGGCUCACAUGGAGAGCCAGGUUUUUCAGGCGUACAAGGUGCUGUUGGUCCUCCUGGCUUUAAAGGACAUAAGGGGGAUAUGGGACAACCUGGUCCAAAAGGCACCCAGGGUGAAAAAGGAAGUGAGGGAACACCUGGGGUGCCUGGACCACCGGGUGAAGCUGGACAAAGGGGAAGCAAAGGAGAGAGAGGUUCUUCAGGAGAUCCUGGGCUUAGAGGACCUGAUGGGAAGAAAGGAGACCUAGGACACAUCGGAGUAGUUGGACCACGUGGUUCUCCAGGACAGGAUGGGUCACCAGGGCAUCCUGGUCUUCCAGGACAUCCUGGAAAACCUGCAAAGCCUCCUUCCGAUGAACAUUUUAAAAAACUUUGUGGAGACGUAUUAAGACAGGAACUCUCCCAGCUGAUGCAGACGAUGAUCCCUAGGACCUGCGAGCCCUGUGAGACAGUAAAAGGGCCCCCGGGUCCACCUGGAGCUCAGGGUCCCAAAGGCUCGACCGGAGUGCAGGGCUAUCCAGGCAGACCAGGAUCUCGGGGUUACCCCGGCUCAUCUGGCUUACAGGGGCCCCCAGGGGUCAAAGGGGACAUGGGACUGAGAGGCUACAAAGGUCACAAAGGGGAAAGCAGACCAGGGCAACCUGGGGCUCCUGGAGAAAGAGGAUUCCCGGGUCGGGAUGGCACUGAUGGAAUUGGAUUACCUGGUCCUCCUGGAGCACCGGGCAAAUCUGGCUUUCCGGGCCUCCCAGGCAAAAGAGGUGCCCCAGGGCCAGCUGGAGUGUGUGACAUGUCCAUCUGCUACCCAGCCUAUAAUCUCAGGGAAGAGCACUACAGCAAAGGCCCCAAUUUCUGACACAAGUGUGCACACACGCAUAAAGACUAUAUAUGAGAAGCAUCUCUGCACUGCACAGGGUCAAUUCUUUACUCAAUGGCAUUCAGGAAAGCAAUUAUAAAUGGCUGAAACCAAUUCUAGAUGUAGUAAUUCUAGAUGCCUUAUAGGGACAGUGGCAUGCCUAAGAAUUCAGAGCAGUGCAUAUUCAUUGCUUUUGUUCCUGACAGACAUGGAGGGCAUUACUUGUAUGUAUUAUAUUUGGAGACACAGAUUCUGUGCUCACUCAACUCAAACUGAAAUGUUUUUGAAGUUAAGGUAAGAUUAUCACUGUACUUAAAGGGUACAUAUUUGGUAGAGCAUUUGAGUAAAAUUAAUAAAUUUUAACUUGUUAAAAGACAAAUAUUUGGACUCCGGUGUAUAUACACUUGCACUGCCCAAAAGAAGCUACCUCCAUGUGAACAUACAUUAUGCAAGACCAAAAAAAAAAUAUAUAUGCAUUUUUCUAGGAGUAUUUAAUCCUUUUCAUAAAACAAUGAUGCGUAUGCAAAUGAGGCUUAUGUUUAAAUAUCUUGAUUAUUCUUUUCGGUAGUGUAAAAACACACCAUAUUACAUCCUAUUUGAAAUGUAAUCAGUUUUUCACAAGUGUAAUUUAUUUAAUGUAGUUUUUUUUUUUUGAUGCAAUGACAACAAACAAAUACACUUCUUUUUGUUCAGCAGAUCAUACGGUCUUUUAAAAAAGUUCAAUCUUUGUACCUAAAAUAGUUCUUUGUUUUUUUUUAUCACUGGCUAUAUAAAUGUUCUUCACAGAGAACUUCCUUUUUACACCCAAUUGGAAUCUUCUGGUAAACGCAGGACCCUUAAACUAACUAAAAGGGAAUACACCAUCGAUACCCAUUUUUUAUUCUAAGGCUAUAGAUAAAUCUUACAAUCUGUACAUGUUUUCUUAUACAUCCUGCAGCUUUACUUUGUGUUUAAUGUUCUUGCAAUAAGUGAGUUAAUUAAAAUGUACUUUGUUGUUCUAUUGAGAGUUUAUGUUGUUUUGGUCUGAUUUGAAAAUUGGUCAAAUAAAGUAGUGUAUGUGUUGUAAAAUUAA